GGGCAAAGUUGGGAGUUAGGUUGGGUUUUCCUUCUGGCGGGAAGAAGCCUAGAAUUCCAUUUUAUACAGCUGAUGUGUUUGUUGACCAACUCUCGAGAUGCCUGACAUCACGAUUAACGAUAUCAUCGUUAGCUUUCCUUUUAAACCGUAUUCCGUACAAGAGGAGUACAUGAAAAAAGUGAUAGAAUGCCUACAAAAUGGUCAGCACGGUGUCUUGGAGUCCCCCACAGGCACUGGAAAAACUCUCAGUCUUCUAUGCUCUUCUUUAAGUUGGCUGUUAACAAAAAAAGCUCAAUUACAAGCACAAGUAAUAGCAGGUGCAAUUGAGAAAAAAGACUUUGGUGGACAUUUUUUUAAAUAUUUGGUUGACGGGCUUGAAAAGGCAUCAGGAGUACCAGAUAAUGUUCAAAGUUUUGGAUGGGCCAUGCCCAAAAUUAUUUAUGCAUCCCGAACGCAUUCUCAACUGUCUCAGGCUAUGUACGAAUUGAAGAAAACAUCGUACAAACAUGUUGCCACUGCUGUAUUGGGAUCCCGAGAUCAAUUAUGCAUUCAUCCGGAAGUUUCUAAAGAAGCAAGUGCUUUUAACAAAAUACAUAUGUGUCACUCCAAAGUAAAAUCAAGAACUUGUUUUUAUUACAAUAAUGUUGAAGCAAGAAAAGACGAUCCUGUUUUUAAACAGGAAGUAUUAGAUAUAGAAGAUUUAGUUAAAAUUGGACAAAAACACAAAUGCUGCCCAUAUUUUUUGGCAAAAGAAUUGAAGCAAAAUGCAGAUAUUGUUUUCAUGCCUUAUAAUUAUCUACUGGAUCCUAAAACACGAAAGUCACAGGGUAUAGAUUUACAAAAUACUGUAGUUUUGUUAGAUGAAGCUCAUAAUGUUGAAAAAGUUUGCGAAGAAGCAGCAUCAUUACAGAUAAGUAGUACAGAUAUUGCAUUAUGUAUUGAUGAAGUAACUGCAGUAAUGAAAGAUAUGGCUAAAGAUAUAGAUUUGGAAAAUGACUUUUCACCAGAGAAUAAUGUUCAAAAAGAUUUCACAGCAGAGGAUUUAUAUAUCUUAAAAACGAUGUUUUUGGAAUUGGAAAAAGCAGUCGAUUCUAUCGAAUUAAAAAAUCGUACCGAGGGAGACACUUUUCCUGGUGGAUUCAUCUUUGAAUUACUUGAGAAAAUUGAGUUAACACAUGGUAAAGAACAAAUUGUGGUAGAUAAAUUGGAAAAAAUAAUUUCAUAUUUGACAACUACUAGUACUUCUCCAUUUGCGAGAAAAGGAAAUGCACUACAAAAGUUUAGUGACUUAUUAAAGACUGCUUUUAAUAGCGGUACUUCUAUCACACGUCAUAAGGAGAAAGUAAAACGCUGCUAUAAGGUCCAUAUACAGACAGAAGAACAGAAAAAGAAUUACAAGAAUGAUGUUUGGGAGACCAAGAAGACGAUAAAAACGGACGGAAAGCUUAUUAGUUAUUGGUGUUUUAGUCCUGGCUUUGGUAUGGAGCAAAUGGUAGAACAAGGAAUACGUUCAGUAAUACUCACAAGCGGUACAUUGUCUCCAUUAAAACCAUUCAUAUCAGAACUUGGUAUACCAAUAGCAGUUCAGUUAGAAAAUCCGCAUAUUGUAACAAAACAACAAGUAUGUGUUGGUGUUCUUAGUCAGGGUCCAGAUAAUCAUCUACUCAAUUCAUCUUACAACACGAGAAAUGAUCCGAAAUAUAUCGCAUCUCUUGGAAGAACAGUGUAUAACUUUAGCUGCAUCAUCCCUCACGGAUUGUUGAUAUUUUUUCCUUCAUAUCCGAUUAUGAAAAAAUGCAGAGAUGAAUGGCAGAAUAUGGGUUUAUGGACGCAAAUUGCUGAACGUAAACCCAUUUAUGUAGAACCCAACUCGAAAGAUGGAUUUGUCAACGUGAUGAAUGAGUAUUAUCAAAAAAUUAGAGAUCCAUCUAAUAAGGGGGCUGUUUUCAUGGCAGUGUGCAGAGGAAAGGUCAGUGAAGGUCUGGAUUUUGCUAAUGCAAAUGGUAGAGCUGUAUUAAUCAUUGGUCUUCCAUUUCCGCCCUUAAAAGAUCCACGAGUUAUGCUGAAACAAAGAUAUUUGGAGGAAAUAAGGACAGCGGAGAAAGAAAGUUUAACCGGACAAGAAUGGUAUCAACUUGAAGCGUCACGUGCCGUUAAUCAAGCUAUUGGCAGGAUAAUAAGACACAAAAGCGAUUAUGGUGCAGUGAUACUCUGCGAUUGUAGAUUUGAAAAUCCAAAUUUCAAGAAACAAUUGUCCGCUUGGUUGAGGCCAUACAUAAAGAAGUUUACGAAUUUUGGGAUGAUCACGAAAGAAUUACGAGAAUUCUUCAGGAAUGCGGAAAAUACUCUACCACUACCCAAUAAUGCUAGCAUCAUUCGUGCACAAUAUGGGAACGAUGAUAUAUCGCUGCCUGCCGUAGGUGCUACUUUUGAAACAACAUUAUCUCAAUCUUUAAAACAAAAAGCGCAAAACAAUCUUGUGACAAAAGAAACUGAGAAUAGUUUCAACAUAAAUAUGUAUUUGGAUGAAAGUAUAAAAGACAAAAAAAAGUUAGUCAAGCCAUGUGCGAUCAAUUUUAGUGCUUGCAAACUAAAAAACAAUCAGAGUACAUGUGAAUUAGCAAAACAUGUUGACGAACCAACUGCUAAAAGAAGAAAAAUUAAUAUUUUACCGUCCGGAGUUGAUACGUAUUUUUCUGCUCCCUCAACCUCUUCGUCAACAGUUCCAGAAAGUAAUUCUGUAAAUAACAUACAAGACAUUAAAGAAGCAAAUAAAGAUGAUAAGAAAGCAUUGGGGAAACAAUAUCUGAAAGAUGUAAAACGAGCAUUAUCAGCGAGUGAUUAUAAAAUAUUUGCAACUAUGAUACAACAUUACACACAAAAUGGUGAUUUUGAUGAAUUACUAAAAACAUUAUCAAGUUUAUUUCCAUCAGCCGGACAAUUUCAGCAUUUAUUCAUAGGAUUUCAGAGUUUUCUAAAAAAACAACAUAUAGAAGCUUUUGAGAAUUAUAUAAAG